AUGUUUUGGGGCCUCUGGAUCUCCAUUGCGGUGAUCUAUGGCUUAUCGCACGGUGAAGGGGUUAGGUCGCGACAAUGUCGCCAUGAAGGGUUAGUAGCAAGAUUCCACUCAACACAGUGCCAUGAUGACCAUGCCUUCCUUCAUGCCUCGCGUGGAAGGCGGUCUACAGUCUCGUGCGCCGCGGCGUCUAGACACAGUGCAAAAGGCGCGCGAACCCAAAAGGGAGGUGCUAAGAAGCCGCCUUCCAUGGGAAAGAACAAGGUUACCUUAACAGAUGAGCAGAAGCAACAGAUCGACGCACUGGCUAAAGCGCAUAUUGAAGUGACAGAUACACCCUCUUACAUCCAAAAACUUAAGCUGAACACUUACUCAGAGGAGUCGAGUCCAUACCUCACCCUGUUCGAAUCGGAGGCGCUGACGAGAGAUGAUCUAAUUGGCAUCGACCUGCCUUUCGGAUUGGUGCCACCCGACCGAUAUGAGCUUUGGAAACUCUGUGGACAUGUAUGCGACCCGUUGCCUGUGAUCAGUUCACAGUCAAUGACGCCGAAGCAAUUCACCCAGCGGCUCUUCGGCAAGCAUGAGCAAAUCACCAGGGAUGAGUUCAACUACAACAUCGAGUACAAGAUGCGUUUCUACGCACCUGGGUAUGGCGACAUAUUCUUAAUGGACAAAGUGCGAUGUUGGAGAGCGUGGUUCCUAUUCCGGGGGUUGAAGGAGGGAAGAGAAGACCUCCCGACCUAUCACAGCAUACACCAGAUCGCACGCCCGAAGGAUGAGGUGCCCCUGAGCGCGGCAAUGUUAAGUGUCAACUACGAAGUGAAUCGGCAGGGGGUACAUCCAGCGCUGCUGGACAUGUUGUGGGACUUCUUCACGGAGAACAGCUCGGAGAUCAAGCGUGAUGAAGUAACGGCCAAACUAAAUUGGGUGGUCGACCGCCUACCCGACCUGGACCCAGGCGAGGGUAUUUCUCCGGACAAUUUCUACAAAAUAUUCAUCGAUCCUGCACGCGAAUAUCUCGCUAAGUUCGACAAGGAGGCGUUUGCGCGGCAGCAGCUGCGCAAGAUCCACGAACAAAGUUUGCGGCAGAAGGUGCUCAGCAACAAUAAGGCACUGAGGCAGCGGUACAAAAUUUUAACCUCCGCCUACCUUGAAGAGAUCCGAAGCAUGUACAAGGUGCCCACACCAGAGUUCUACAAGCAGUACGAGCGUCGACGACUCACAGGAUACUUCAACCUACUGGCGGAUAUGCAAGAGCGCCGUAUGAGGAGACGAGCUAUGUCAAAGGAACAACUCAACGAGCUCAAGGCCGCCAAAGCCGACGCUCCCGUUCGUAAGAAGAAAAGAGAAAAGAAACCAUCGAAGCGUAACAAGAAAUUGGGGAGGGGCGUGAUGAAUUAG